CCUCUGAAUUGACGAGUCACUCUCUCACCGAGGUUGAGGAUUCUUGAUUUCUCUAACCAAGUGACCCCAAAUCACAACGCAAUCGUCGUCUCCCACCCUCCAGUAACCCUAGCGACAGCCUCGGCUCGUUUGAUCCCCGCGGGGAGCUGUAGAUCUGCAAGCGGGCGGUCCGGCGUCCGGAUCGGGCAGCGAAGAUGACGGAAUCCCUGGUGCGGAACAAGCCGGGGAUGGCCAGCAUCAAGGAGAUGCCGGUGGUGCAGGACGGGCCGCCGCCCGGCGGUUUCGCGCCCGUGCGCUACGCCCGCCGGAUCCCCACCUCCGGGCCCAGCGCCACCGCCAUCUUCCUCACCACCUUCGGUGCCUUCGCGUAUGGCAUGUACCAGGUCGGCCAGGGGAACAAGGUCCGCCGGGCACUCAAAGAAGAGAAAAUUGCUGCUCGUAGUGCUAUACUGCCAAUGCUCCAAGCUGAAGAGGAUGAAAGAUUUGUCAAAGAGUGGAAGAAGUAUCUUGAAGAGGAGGCGAGGAUCAUGAAAGAUGUUCCAGGGUGGAAGGUUGGCGAGAGCGUGUACAAUUCCGGGAAAUGGAUGCCCCCGGCUACUGGUGAGCUCCGCCCUGAGGUUUGGUAAGGGCCUGUUGUAGACAUUGAGAAUGCCAUCAUCAUGUCGUGAGGGCAUGAAUAAGGCUUUCAAACCUGGGCAUCCUUCAAUUUUCACUAAGGAACAGUUGCUUAAACACAUGUAUUUGUUGUGCUCUUAUGAAAUUUGGCUGGUUAAUAAUUGGACAUAUGAAGCCGACGUUUUCUCUCACCUAUGCUCGUACCUUGAUGUAACAUGUCCUUGUCUGAUAUUGCUUCCCAGCCUCUUGUGUUUCUUCCUGUAGUCAUUCCGAACGUGAAUCCUUGUUAUUGAAGAAGGUAUUUGAAUAUAAAGAAGAAAAAACUGCCUGCUUCUUACA